GCGUUUGAUUGCGUUCGCGCAGUUGCGAAAGAACGCCAAAUCUUUAAUCUGGUUCAGUGGCGCGGGAGCCACCAAGCGUGAUGGCCGUGUCUUGGGUUUCUGUGGCCUUCCUCGCCGCUACUGCGUUGGGGGCUUCUAUUGGACCCGCCGCAGAAAAGCAAAUAUUGGAAAAAUCGCUUUGCGGAAAAGUAUGGGUUACGAUUCAUUCUCUUACUAUACGUUUGGGAGUCGGGCAAAACUUACUGGAUGCUAUCGAAUUGAACUGGGAUUUCAAGUCUUGUGCCAACCUCCCUAAGCAGAUCGGUUUGUUUGGUGCUCGUCCGAGUGGCUGGCAUAAUGCUUUGGAGGUAUAUGAUAUCACGUCAGUUACGGGACACAUCGUCACAAACAUAUCUUUUGGAGAACCAGAUCUUCCGGCUGGUUGGGAGUCAGGUGUUGGUCUGAGGGGACCACAGUGUUUGUGGCCAUGGGUCGGAGCGGGAGAUCAGCAUAUAACCACAUUUAAUUGUUUAAAAAUACAACCUACUUGGAUGGACGAUUAUGGCAACCGAAUCAAUAAACUUCGUAUUGGCGAGUUGGCGAUUCCUGGCACUCACAAUGCAGGUGCUUGGCGUUUUGACACGGAAAUUAGUACAGUGACCAGAGACUCUUUCGUACUCUGUCAGGACCAAUCUAUAUGGGCACAGCUUGUCUAUGGCAUUCGGUACUUUGACUUUAGAAUAGCCUACUACGACUUUUAUGAAACUAUGGAAGAUAGGUACUGGCUCAAUCACAACUUAAUUCGAGUCCGUCCACUAUUACCUCUUUUGAAAGAAAUUAGGACAUUCUUAGACGUUACUAAAGAAGUUGUAUUUCUCGAUGCACACCAUUUUCCUCUGGGUUUUUACGAGCAAAACGGAGCACCUAUCAGUUCCGUCCAUGACGGUUUACUUAAACUAGUACAAAGAGAAUUGGGGCCCCACAUAGCCCCUGCAAAUCAGUUCCAUACUGGCGCCGGAUCUCGGGGCCCUACUAUACAAAGUUUGAAAGACGCAGACAGGCGCCUUGUCUUCAACUACGUAGAUAACACUAUCGUUGCUGAAAAUAAUUGGUUGUGGCCAAUACUACCUCAUUUAUGGGCGAACACAAAUAGCCCUAAACAACUUUUCGAGUACUUAGAUCGCGCUAUUGCUACCUCACCACAGCCGAACGCUCGCUCUCCAAUGUUCUCAGCUAUGGCACAAACUACUCCAACUGUUCUAGACAUUCUAUUCGUCAGAGGAUCUCUUAGAGCCAACGCAGAAAUGGUCAACAGAAAUGUGACUGCUCGACUGGCAACCUUUUGGCGGCAACAAGCUAACAUCGUCUCUACAGACUUCUUUCUUGCAAACGAUGUCAUCGAUGUGUCUAUACAGAUGAACGUUGAACGCUCCAACAGAUUAUGACGUCAUGACCGAACGCGUCAUCAGAAGCUUUUCUUAGACUUUAAGUACACCCACACCAAAGCAGUCUACCGCUCCCCUUGGCUUCCGAUCACUUCACACGAUCGGUAUAAACCCUUGGGUUCACGCGGUCAAUUGGUAUAAAUUGCUAAUUGAAAGUAUCCGCCACGUAACACUGCCAACAUCGUAGGGUCGGCGGGAAAUAGUGAGAUUAUUUAACUUAUUUUUGUAAGAUACCAUACUAGUCUACGUUCUCUUAUAUGGGAAAUAAAUUUGUAAAUAAUGUAAA